AUGAGUAAUGAUUUCGAUGAUGAAAGUGAUGACAACGAUAUCCGAAUAGCUCUAAGCAUUGGAUGGGUCUACAUUGUGUUCAUUGGCUUGUGUAUCAUCCUCACUAUCACAGAGAUAGUCCUUAUGUUCAGACACAAGUUGAAGCCCAUUGUUUUCCUCAUGAUGAACAUAUUCAAAUGUGCAAGCUGGACAGCCUUGUUCGUUGUCAGCUUGUGGAACACUUUCGGCGUUGUUAAGAAGACGAUGCCGAGUAUUAUUAGCUUGGUUGUUGAUAUCAUCUUGCUACUCGCCUUCUAUAUCCCUCUAGCACAUGGCUCCUUAAUCAUGCACCGCAACCGCAAAGCUGCGCAAUAUGAACCUGUCAACCUCAAACACAACAGCUUCGACUCCGCUACCGAAUCUUUCCCUGAUGCCUUCCCCCAAGCAUACAAGUCCUUGACCAACAUAGAAGGAACCACCGAUCUAGAAGCAAAUGAUCACAGUACUGGACAACCCCGCCGACUGAGUUACAAUCAUACAAGAGAUACCAGAUUCGACUCGUACAAACAAACACGAAGAAGUUUUUCGGAUCCAUAUAUUGUCGAAAGAAUGAUUGCUAGUCCACGGCAAGCUUCAAUAUCAACAUUGUCGACAAGGAGCAGGAGUAGUACGUUGGGCUUGCCGAUACCUCAGGUCGUGGUGCACGAUCAUGAUGAAUUUAUGGAGAGAAACAGGGUCAAUGGGAUGAAUUAG